UUUUUUUUAAAUUUUUACUAUUGAUAGCUACGCCAGCUUUAUUUGUGUAUCUGUAGACUAACUGAGCUGUGGUAUCGAUAUCUUCAGCCGAAGUGAUACAAGUUCGCGCUAAUAGUCCCCUACUAGUCUAGCUAAUAUUCGUUGCUAUUUUGCGCAGGUUUUUUUAUUUUGUACAAAAAAUAGCUAACUUUUGUGUUCAUAACCGUGCUAACUCUUUGUUUUUUCUCUCCAUGUGUGGUGGAGGCUGUGAACUGUCAUGCUAUUUUGUGCGACGUUUCCGUGUGUACACUGCAUCUCAAGUUAGCUAGCUAGCUUUUGUUAUUAACGCAGGGGUGCACAACAAGGGCCGAUCCGUUUCAGGAUCUUGUGCCAACUUCUGCUUUAUUUAAUUAGAGUCUAGCUCAAUCAUAUAUUGAUCUGACAUUUGUAUCAGCAGCAGAUACAACCACAGACCUUAAGUGUACCCUAAAGCUUUUACUGUGCUGCUUGCGUAGUUUUUGUUGUUGUCAAAACUGAAACUAAGGUAGUCUAAUUGGUCGGAUCAAAAACCAGCAUGCAGCCCUACCCUCCAAGAUGGAGUGGUGCACCCCGGGCCUAACGUUGCACGAUCCAAGAAGCUUUCAGACAUGGUGAAACUGACCAAGGCCAAGACUUUUCAGGCAUACCUGGACUUCUGUCAUCGCAGGUACAGCUGUGUACACUGCCGCGCUCACCUGGCCAACCACGAUGACCUCAUCUCCAAGUCUUUCCAGGGAAGCCAGGGACGGGCCUACCUUUUCAACUCUGUGGUGAAUGUGGGGUGUGGUCCAGCUGAGGAAAGAUUGCUUCUGACAGGCCUGCAUGCUGUGGCAGAUAUCUACUGUGAGAGCUGUCACACCACACUGGGCUGGAAAUAUGAGCAAGCAUUUGAGUCCAGUCAGAAGUACAAGGAGGGGAAGUUCAUCAUCGAGCUCUCUCACAUGAUCAAGGAUAAUGGAUGGGACUGAGCAGAGUCUAUGUUUCUGUCCAUUUAUUCUGUGUCCAAUUAAGAACACAGCCUCUCUGUCACCAAGUCACUUUCAUUCUCACCGAUUCUGUCCAGAAUUGUAACUUUUGCUUUAGAAACUUUGUUAUGGCUGGUCUUUCAUGACUGAUGCUUGCACCACUGCCAUUGUCAGUGUUUACCGAGUGCUGUGUCUCACACCGACUCAUCUCAUGUUAAUAGUUUCUGAAUGGCCUGCUGAAUAGUUAAAACAGUGGCAUGCAUUUAAUUAUUUACGAAGACAUCAGUAUGCACAGUAUGCUUUGAAUGUUUUCAUAAGAUUAUUUUAAAAUAUAAACUCCCAUACCAACAUUUCAGUGAGUUCACAUUUGAUCUUCGUAGUUUUCAUGAAUUUCGAAUUCCUAGAAAUAUGAAAGAAAACAUUUUUUUUUAAUUGUCGCAUCCAGGUUGUUUAAUUCCAUGUUUUUAGUAAAAAUAUUAAAUUUUCAUGUUUUUUUGUUGUUGAAUAUUUUAAUUAUGUAGUACUCCAUGAUUGAUUUUAUAUUAUUUUAAAUUUUGAUUAACGUGUGGGGGUGGAGGGGAUUUGAGUGGUUGAUGGUGACUGAUUUAAAUUUUUUGUGUUGUGAUGACGUGUUGCUAUGACCACUAUGAAUUAUAUUUUAUUACCAUAUGUGCAAUGUAAGAGAAUGUAGAAAAGUUUCAGGUGGAAUGUUUGUUUGGGUAUUAAGUGCAAUAUUUGUGACUGAUCACAUUAGGUUGGGCAAUGGAAGAUGGUUCAGUCCUUGUGAAAUGCUGUUUCUUAAAUUGCCCCAGUAGCCAGGUUUAUUUGGCUUGAAUGGCAAUUUAUCAGUGCUUUCAAGCAUUUUAAGACCCCUCUUAUGGAGCUCCCCCCUUCCAGGUGUAUGUAUGAAUGGUUUGUGUGUCUUCACACUGUAUAAUAUGUAUUGGUAUUAUUACGCCAAUUGUUUUUCAUUGCUUAUGCCGUUGAAACUCACUGGUUGGCAGUUUGCCCAAAUGUCACAAAAUGUGGCUUGUCAGGGUGAUUUCAUUGUGUCACAUUGUUUAUACCAUAUGAAAUUUCUGUACUCUUGUCAAACAAUUUUUUAUCACUUAAGUUGAAGGAUACUGGGUUUGGCUCGUGUGUAGUUUGCUGCUUCUUUUGUUGUGUGUUCUUUUUUGUGUGCAAAUAACUUCUGCUUCACCUUGUGUAAGGUAUAUUGCCAAAAACAAUUAAAUGUGGUUAAUAAUUUUAAGUGCUUUAUAUUUGUGGGGAAAAGUCAAUUUGGUAAAUAAAGCCUUGUUGAAAAUGU